CUAGUGAGAGGCCAUAAAUUAUUCUUGCGCCUGUUGGGUUUUUGUACAAAUUGCGUUUGGUUGGUGAUACAAUCGGGUAUAAUAUUCUCGGAAGUAGUAAACAUAAAUAAGAGGCCGUGGAUUUCUGGGACGUUAAAGGCGGGAAAAAGAUAACAAGUCGCACGAAACCAGGGACGGUUUAAUAGAUGAAGCUUUGGCAGACGUCAUAUCACUUCCUUUCGUCUUGUUAGGUGCAGCGCACUUUAAUUUUACCUCCGGCAGAGGGACAAGAUUGACGAGAACAAGUUAAAAGACCUUUGGACGAUCUACUCGAUACGACACAAUUCCUUCAAGGUCAAAGAUAAAAGUGCUAAUCAAGAAAAUACAGCGGUACAAGGUCGUUGUCGUGAACAGUGCUUAAUGCUCUUCGAGACUGCAUCACAGGAAUCCCAACAGUGAAUGCAUGACACUACAAUCAAGGCGAGGUCGAAGAUAUAUGCGAAAAGAUGAUAAAAUCGUAACUCUAAACGUGAGUGGUCGAAAAUUUAGCACAUGGGAAAGUACCUUAAAGAAAUACCCAAACACCUUGUUAGGAAGCGAGGCUCUCAAACUGUUCUUCGACCAGGAGAAGAAAGAAUACUUCCUGGAUAGAGAUCCUCAUAUGUUUCGUUACAUCUUGAAUUAUUACAAGGUUGGAAAGCUACACCUAUCGCUUGAGGAUUGCUUUGAUGCAUUUCAAGAGGAGCUUCAGUACUUUGGCAUAUCGCUUGAUGAAAUCAACGACUGUUGCUAUGACGAAGAAUGUGUCAAUGCAUUCAACCAACCCUAUGCUUGUCCAUGUAAUGACGCAAUCUCACCGAGAACCGCUGGCAUCAAUACACGAAUUCGCAGAUUCAUAAGGACUGUUUUUGAAACGACCGAGACAAGACUUUCGCGAUUUGUUCAAAGUUUCAUAACGACUUUGAUAUAUUUGAGUGUAAUAUCGACAAUUGUCGAAACAAUUGAGUGUAAAAGAGGGAAAACAUGUGCGGAAGUUUAUCAAAAGGAGUUUUUCAUUGGAGAAGCGAUCUGUAUGUCGAUCUUUACAUUGGAAUAUAUCCUAAGAUUUUACGCCGCUGAAAAACGAUUCAAAUUUGUUGUGGAAAAAAUGAACAUCCUAGACCUACUGGCAAUCCUCCCUUUUUAUAUUCAUCUGUCUGUGCAAUUUAUAGCUGAAAAAGAACCAGCCUUACUAGAAAAUACAAAUGCACUCGUCGUUCUCAGGAUUCUAAGAAUGUUCAGAAUACUGAAACUUUCUCGUCACUCAAAGAAGAUGAGAAAGAUGGGACACGCCUUGAAAAGAGCUUUCGUGGACUUGGGUUUCCUAUUCUUUGCAUUCUUAUUGGCCAAUAUCUUAUUCGCAAGCAUACUCUACUUCAUAGAACGGGGGAAAUCUUCCAAGCAGUUCACGAGUAUUCCUGACUCCAUGUGGUACACAAUUGUUACCAUGAUGACUGUUGGUUAUGGUGAUUGUAUACCAAAGACUAUACCUGGAAAGUUUGUCGGGUCUAUCUGUUGUCUAAUGGGUAUUAUCAUGCUGGCCUUGCCGAUCCCUAUACUACAAGAGGGGAAUGAACGUGAGGAACAGAUGAAGAAUACAAAGAACUCGCCUUCAAGAAAAUGUCCUACCAAAGCAAACUGCCAUGUCGACCAGCCUGCUACUACUUCAAGCACCACUCUGUUAUAAACCAGUGUAAAAAAUAGAUAGUCAAUUAUAUCAGGGAGGUUAUAUCCAACCUUGUACAUAAGACAGACUUUUAGUAACGACCCCUUGAUCUUGAAGGCAAUACGCCGAAAAACCUUGAGUUAUAUCAAAAUGACCGCCUUGAAAUACAACAGACUUUUUGUAACGAUGCCUUGAUCUUGAAGGCAAUACGCCGCCGAAACACCUAGCGUUAAGUAACGACCACUUCAUUUUAGAGGAAUACACCGAAAAACCAGAAUGACCCCCUUGAAAUACGACCAACUUUUGAGUAACGACUACUACAUGUUGAAAGAGUACACUGAAAAACCUUAAGUUAAUUAUAUCAAAAUGACUCCCUUGACAGACAACCAACUUUUGAGUACAAAAUGAAAUACGACCAACGUUUGAAUAACGACCACUACAUUUUAAAGGAAUACACGGAAAAACCUUAAGUUAAUUAUACCAAAAUUACAGCCUUCAAAUACGACCAACUUUCAGUAAAACAAUUACUAUAUCUUAAAGGCAUACGCCGGAAAAACCUAUUGCUAUACCAAAAUGACCACUUGAAAUACGACCAACUCUUAGUAAAACGACCACUCAAAAUUUUUACGAUAUAAAUUAUCUUAUUAUAACUACACGACCACCUCGUAAAUGCGACCAACUUUUACUAACCAUUGCUUCAUAUCGAAAGAAGGUAUAAAGUAGAAAUAUAAUUUUAUUAUUUAUAUUAAAACGACCUACAUGGAAAUGCAACCAACAUUGCGAAACCUUUCUUUGUAACGACUACAAUCGUUAAAAAAACACCUGUAAAUUACGACCACCACAUCUAGUUUAAAAAAAUAAACCCUAACUACAAGUAA